AUGGCAUCGGGCCGGGCACGCUGCACCCGGAAGCUCCGGAACUGGGUGGUGGAGCAAGUGGAGAGUGGGCAGUUUCCAGGGGUGUGCUGGGAGGAUGAAGCUAAGACGAUGUUCCGGAUUCCCUGGAAGCAUGCUGGCAAGCAGGACUUCCGCGAGGACCAGGAUGCUGCCUUCUUCAAGGCCUGGGCAAUAUUUAAGGGAAAGUACAAGGAGGGAGACACAGAAGGCCCCGCCAUCUGGAAGACUCGUCUACGCUGUGCUCUCAACAAGAGCCCUGAAUUUGAGGAGGUUCCUGAGAACAGCCAUAGAGAUGGGGCUGAGCCCUACAAGGUGUAUCGGCUGCUGCCAGCAGGAGCCCUCCCUGCUUCGGCAGCAGUACAGAAGUUACCCCCAAAGAGACACUACAGCUCGGUGUCCCCUGAGAGGAAGGAGGAGGAGGGUGCCACAAAGAACUGUAUACUCAGUCCUGCCUUGCUUCAGGAGCCCCUCAAAUGCGAGAAGGUGGAGGCCAAUGGAGCAGCGGGCCAUUCAGACUCUGGGUGCUGCAGCAGCAGCAGCAACAGCAACAGUCCUGAGCCUCAGGAAGGUGCAGACACAAAUGAGGCCCCUUUCCAAGGAGAUCCGGGGUCUCUGGAGCUUCUGCCCCCUCCAGACUCAGACUACUCCCUGAAGCUCACCUUCAUCUACAACGGGCACGUGGUGGGUGAGGCCCAGGUGCAGAGCCUGGACUGCCGCCUCGUCGCUGAGCUCUCCAGCUCCCAGUGCAGCAUGCAGCAAGUGGUGUUUCCCAAGCCCGGCCCACAAGGACCCACCCAACGCCUGCUGAGCCAGCUCGAGAGAGGUGUCCUGGUGGCUAGCAACUCCAGAGGCCUCUUUGUUCAGCGCCUUUGCCCCAUCCCCAUCUCCUACAGCGCGCCCCAGUUCCCACCGGGUCCAGGCCCACAUAUGCUGCCCAGCAACGAGUGUGUGGAGCUCUUCAGAACCGCCCACUUCUGCAGAGACUUGGAGAGGUACUUCAGGGGCCUGGGCCCCCCACCCGAGUUCCAGGUGACACUGAAUUUCUUGGAGGACGACCCUGACCCCAGCUACACCCCACACAGUCCUAUCUCAGUUCAGAUGGAGCAGGCCUUUGCUCGGCAUUUACUGGCAGAGCGUCCGGAGGACCAGACAGCCGCUCUGACCCUGGUGCAGAGCCUGGAAGACCUACCUUCCUCCUCCCUGCUCUGUUCUUCCUAUUUUCUCUGA